AAAUGGCUGCUCACAUCUACGGACAUAUCGCAAAAUCCUGAUGCCAUCAUCGUAUAGAAAACUUUUCUGUAUAGUUUGUUUGCAUUGUUUUCCAUAGCAGAUUGUGUCUAUUCCAGCGGGAGUUUACCAUCCUCAUAAAUAAUAAUAUUCACUUUUGUCUGAAAUAGAAACAAUCUAAAAGUUUUCUAUCCGAUGCUGACGUCACGAUAGGGUGAUAUGGCAGUAGAUGUUGGCUUCAGAGGCUAGAUUUCCCAGCGUGUCUAUUCUAUAACUCGUCUAAGGCGCAACAUUAGAUGCUUCAUCUCUUUCUUCUCUGUGGCAGCUCACAAAAUUAUAUCUUUGAGGUUAUGUUCUUAAAAAGUAAAGUUGAGUUGUUCAUGGUGUAAUCAUGAUAAAUAUUUUAUAAUAAUUAUUAUGGUAUAACAUGUUAAAGAUACAUUUUCUAUAUGAGAUUCUAUAGGUAUGGUACAUAAAAAGUUACACGGUAAUCAUUUAAUUAUUGUAUCAAUAGUCUACAUUAAAAUUGUUGUGGCUUUUUGAAUUUUUUUGUUAAUUUUGAAAAGAUGUUGACUUCAGUUCUCAGAUCGUCACUUCUCCGAAGACAACUUCAGAAUGGAAUAUAUUCAUGCAAUCGCUGUAUAAAUAGAAGUUCGACUAAUCUAACAACACCAGAAGAAGAAAUAUUCGAUGUAAUGUAUCCAGAAAAGCAAAAAAAUGUUCCCCUCAAUGCUGAGGAAUACAAAAAGGAAUUGAUUUUUGUGAAAAAAUCUAGAAAUAAGACACAAAAUAUCAAGAAGCAUACUGGGGUGCCCAUAAUAAAAUGUAAACGUCCAGAAUUCAAUCAUUACAGAGGUGAAAAUUAUGGAAAAUUCGACGUUGUACCCUUAGCGUCAAAUGGGUGGAACCGUAGCAAGGCAAAGGGUGAUUACUUCACUAUAGAUGCCUGUCCUGAUAAAGAAGCUAGAGAAGCGUUAUUCUGGUAUGACAAUCAAGCUGGUUUUGCUGAUCUUGGACUGAGUCAGGAAAUUGUUGAGGUAUUAGAGAAAAAUGGAAUCAAAAAACCAACUAAAAUACAGGUAGAUGCGAUUCCGGUGAUCCUGGGCGGUCGUUGUAGCGUGCUGGCUGCCGAAACGGGGUGCGGCAAAACGCUGGCCUUUCUGCUGCCGAUGCUCGAGAAAAUCCGCCUGCUGAAACGCAAGAGCGACAAUCGGCCACCCAACCAACCACUAGGCCUCAUUGUCACGCCCAGCCGCGAACUCGCUCAACAAAUCUAUGAAAUUGCAACAAUACUUGGCAAUGACCUGGGAGUAGAAUGUAAAGUGCUUGUGGGUGGGCACACGAAGAGGAAAAUGCUGAAUCCUGAAUUUGAAUUCUUUGAUUUGCUCAUUGGAACUAUUGGAGCUGUUAGUAAACUAACAUCAAGUGGUAUCUACAAUGUAUCAUCAGUACAGCACGUUGUUCUGGAUGAAGCCGACACUCUAUUGGAUGAUAGUUUCAGCGAUUAUUUGUUGAAUUUUUUGAGAAAAAUUCCGUUUGGGAACAGAGUCGGAAAUAGUUUUAUGCCGUCCACAAGUCAGAUAACACUUGUUAGCGCUACAAUGCCUCGCCGAAUACCACCAGCUUUACUCAAUCUCGUGCCGGCGAGCAUGUUUCAUCAGAUUGAGGGCGACAAGCUGCAUCAUGUGUUGAGUCAUGUGCCGCAACAUUUCCAUCGCAUGAUUCUAUCCGAAAGACCGGCCAAACUGUUAUCUGUAGUCAAAGAAAGUUUACAAAAGAAAAAGCCGGUCAUGAUUUUCAGUAACAAAACGCCGACCUGUGAUUGGUGCUCGAUGUUCUUGAAUGAGAAUGGAGUGAAGUGUGUGAACCUGAAUGGCAACAUGCCCUACGAAGUGAGACUGGGCAAGUUUGAGGAGUUCCAGUCUGGUGAAUAUGACGUCAUCUCGUCCACUGAUAUUGGGUCUCGCGGCCUGGAUACUGUCAGGGUGAAGCAUGUUAUCAAUUACGACUUUCCCCACUAUAUGGCCGACUACAUCCAUAGAUGCGGCAGAACGGGACGACUUGGCGAGGAAGUGUAUAUGGUAACGAAUUUUGUCACAUCAGCUGAUGAAAUCGAAGUAGUGAAACAAAUUGAAAUGGCUGUACGCAAAUACACAUCACUGCCCGAUGUCACCGGAAACAUAAGUAGAUUAAUAUCAAAAAAGUAUAUGAACAAUGAAGGCUUCUAAAUAAAUUGCUUCUUUUAGUAAAAUAA